AUGCACCUUCCUGCCGCCGGUCGUCCCGCUGACCUCUCGUCGGUCUCUGAGGACCGGAAACUGACCGCUGCCGUUCCACUUCCGCCUCACGCGCAGCACCAGGCGUCGCACUCUGAAUGUAGGCCCUCUUGCGGAACGGAGGCCGAAAAGCGCAAAGACAGGCGACAGGCGGCACGCAGAGAAGACGAGGGACCUUCCGACCCCGAGCGCCUUCUCGAGCGCUUUUCGCAAAUCUGGGGUGACUCCGGGAGCCUGCGGGGCUACUUGCCCUCGAAUCAGAGAGCGACAGACAGACACCAUGGGAACGCGAAUCUCCCAGCAGACAAAGGACCAGGCAGAGAAGGCGACUUCCUCCGUUACUGCCGGGCCUUUUAUCGUGAGCAAGAGAGACAGCAACAAAGCCUGUUGCAGAGACCGCUCGACGAACUUGAGAGGCUGCGCCGCCCCCUGGAGGAAGUUCUCGAAGGCGUUGCCCAGAUGGAACGCGACGGCGCGCGGCUGCAUUCGGCGAAGGAAGAAGUCCAGCGGUGCACGUCUGGCAUGCAUCGCGCAUGUCGCCACCUCGUCCAGGAGCAAACGCAGCUGAAACACAUCAUCGAAGUAAUCCAAAGUCGUCUGGCCUACUACACUCGAUACGAGGGCCUCAGGCAGCUUUUGGAGAGCCCGCGUCUGAUCCUCACUCCUUCAACGUCUGUUUCGUCUUCGGGUUCUUCUUCCCACCUCUCCAAUUUCCCCUCUGGAGGGGGAGGAACUCUGGACGUCCCGGGGUUGGCGAAAGCUCUCGAGUUCAUUGACGAGGCCGCACAGUUCUUCUCAGUGCACCCGGACUACGCGGAGGCUUCCGCGUACCUACGGAAGUACGAGCUCCUGGGGACCCGCGCGCGCGCUGUCGUGCGCUCAGCCGUGCUCCAGAGCCUCGAAGCUUGCCAGGCGUCGGUCGAGAGGCGGCUGCAAGAAAGGCGGAGCGACGCCUCUCGCCCUUCCGGAGAAGACCAGAAGAACCAGAACGGAGAGGGUGGAGACUCGACAGCCUCGCGAUCCGCUCUCGAUCCCGCGCUAUUCCACGUGCCGUUUCGAGUGGCAGGUGCGCCGCUGAAGGCGCUCACGGCGCUGCUCGUCGAGCGACAGAGAAAAGGCGACCAGGAGGCCUACGCAAGCGCCGUGGACCAACUGGAGGCGAUCUUUGUGGGAACGCGUCUUCGCCUUUUGCUCCCAGCGCUGAAGGAGGAGCUGAGCCGCCUGCUGCUGACGCAUGCGACGCUCCCAGACGCGACGCGACACAUUGCGCGGUAUUGCGUCUCGAUAUGCGAGAUGGAACUUCGCACUUUCUACGUUUUCUUUCCUCGGAGACGACAAAAGGAGGCUCUCAGGACGCUCCUCGAGGCAAUCGGCAACUGCGCCUACGACUGCUUGCGUCCCCCAGCUCUCGCCUGUGACGCUGUGGAACAGCUGAGCGAAAUUGUCGAGUCGCUCCUUCUGGACGUUUUGCAACCGAUCGAUGACGUCGAUCCCAGCAAGGCGGGCGACCUUGCUCCCUUUCUGUCAGCCAUCUACAAACUCGUUCGAGACAUCCAAGAGCGGCUCUUGUUCCGAGCUGACUCGUUCAUUGACGAUCGCGUUCGGCGCUACCCGGCAGCUGCGCCUGAGCUCGUGGCCUUUAUCUUUACCUCAAUCGGCUUUCUUCCUCCCUUCUGCUCGCCUCUUUCCCCUGUUUCCUCUGUCUCUGCGUCUGCCUCUUCUUCCUUCUCGGUUUUUUCGCCUGUCCAGCAAGCUCUCCAUCUGGUUACGCUCCUCCGACAAACUGUCUCCGCAGAGGCCUUUGGGUCUCUCUGUGGCGCGGCCCUCGAGGCGUCUUGCGUCGCUCUCUCUCGCGCCUGCCUCUCGCUCGAAAGCGCAAUUCACAGCCGUCUUUCCCCUCAAUCUUGUCUCCCCGCGAAGGCAAUCGAGGCCCUACAAAACGCCACACACUCCUCUCCUUCUUCUCCUCCUUCUCCUUCUUCUUCCUCUCCUUCUUCUUCCUCUCCGUCCUCCUCUGCUUUGGAGUUGGGUCUUCCUUUUCAUGUGUUUCUGUGGCGCACGUGCGAGGCGCGUUGUCGGGAGACUGCCGAUGCCGAGAGCGAGUGCGGGGAGCGUGGGGCGCGUCGCGUGGAAAACGUGGCCUUGCGUCUUUCCGAAGAGCGCGAAGAAGCCUUCGCGGACUUGUGGGCGGAGUUGAUUUGCGCGUUUUUCCUGCUGAAACAUGUCACCGUUCUCCACAGUUUCCUCGAGUCUUUCGAGGAUCUCGCCCUCUCUCCAGCGUGCCGAAAAAUCUCCUUUCCGCCGCUCCUUUUCGGCAGCCGCCGCGCCCUGCGGGCGUCGGCCCUCGACGCGGGAACAGCAAAGGACGGAGCAGCUCCGCAAGCGAAAACGGAAAACGCGAAAGAGACAGGCAGUUCGCGGUUUUCGCUGCUUUCUUGGCUGUUUCUUCCGAGCGCACAGGAGGAGGCUUUCGACAUGCGUGAACAGCUGCAGCGCGAGUCGAAGAGUCGCCUCGACAGUCUGCUUGCUGCCUUGGUGGCUGCCUUCGCUUCGCCCCUCGAACAGAUCCUCGCCCAGAUCCCUGCAGAGCUCCGUGCGGAGACACCCGAGGGAAAGACACUCGCGCAAAUGCCUUGCAUGCAAGAAGAGCAUUUAAAAUGGGCCCUCGCAGAAUUUCGACACGGCCUGAAAAUCCAACUCCCCGCCGUUCUUCUCCUCGCCAUGCUCUUCUUCGACGUCCUCGGAGCCGAAGAAAGAGAAGAAGAUGAAGGACGAGCCGAAGAAAGAGAAGAAGAUGAAGAACGAGAAGAAGAAAGAGAAGAUAAAGAACGAGAAGAAGGAGAAGGAAGGGUUGAUGGGCGGCUGUCGAGGAAAUGGAGACGACGGAAGCAGGAGGUCUUGGAAAGUUUGGGAUUCCUUAUUCAGCCUCUUCUGUCGGGAGUUCUUUCCGCCUACGAGGAGUUCUCUUCUCUUUUGGAGACUGCUUUGUCACCCGAAGCGCGAGACGCGAUCGACUGGAAGUCACCGGAAGACCUCCAACUCGCGCUGCUUCUCCCGGCGUGCGAAGCCGCCUUUUCGACGGCGGUUAAACUCCAGGUUACUCUCUCUCCUUCCGAGUAA